GGUGGAGAGAGCGCGAUGGGGCGGAGGGUGGACGUCGAGGAGUAGCGGCGGCGAGUGGGCGUGUGCUCCGAGCCGUCCGGCGCCGGCGCUGGAGUCGCGGGGUCUCUGAGAGCCGCUCCGGGACGCGGAGAGAGCCUGCGACUGCCGCCUGCGUCCGCUCCCUGGCAUGUCGGCCGAGGCCUCUGGCCCGGCGCCGGCUGCGGCCGGCUGCCUGGAGUCCCCUAAGCCCUCGGGUGUGGAGCCUGGCUCCCCCUCGUACAGUCUGAAGCCCCUGACCCCGAACAGCAAGUAUGUGAAGCUGAACGUGGGCGGCUCGCUGCACUACACCACGCUGCGCACCCUCACUGGGCAGGACACCAUGCUCAAGGCCAUGUUCAGCGGCCGCGUGGAGGUGCUCACAGACGCCGGAGGUUGGGUGCUGAUUGACCGGAGUGGCCGCCACUUUGGUACAAUCCUCAACUACCUACGAGAUGGGUCGGUCCCACUGCCUGAGAGUACCAGAGAACUCGGGGAGCUGCUGGGUGAAGCCCGGUACUACCUGGUCCAGGGCCUGAUUGAAGACUGUCAGCUGGCACUACAGACGCGGCAAGAUUGGCACAUAGGAACUCAGAGACCAUGGCAAGAAGUACAGGUCCAAACCAGACAACAUCCGGGCACUGAGAAGGGGAAUGGACACAAAAACCCACCCCAACCAGGAAUCGGUUUGCAAUGGAUACCUUCUGGGAAAGGGAAAAUCCGUGGUCUCCAGUGGCGCGUCACUGGGUAUAUAUAUCAACCACACUCGGCGGCAGUGUCCAGCAGUACAUGGCCAACAAAACAGACUCCAUGUGUUUUGUUUUGUUUUCUGCCUUACUGGUUUCCUUUUUCUUUUCUUUUUUUUUUUUUUUUUGAGAGAAAACAUGAUGUUGGGUGGGUGGGGAAGGGAGGUGGAGAGAAUCUGAGAGGAGUUAGGAGAAAGAAUAUAACCAAAAAAAUUUAAUAAAUUGGAAAAAAAGUGACAAAUUGUGCAUUCUAGUGUGUGGGGUGUUCUAUGCAAAACCAUCAAAUGGCAUGCCUUUAAUCCCAGAACUCAGGAGGUAGAAGCAUAUGGACUUCUUUCUGAGCUCCAGGCUAGCCUGGUCUGUAGAGGGAGUUCCAGGACAGCCUGAGCUACAGUUUCUUAUUGCUGAUACCUGCAGAGGGGAGGAUAAGCUAAAGAAGCAAACAGUGGCACAGGAACUGUUGUCUGCACAUCCCCCAGCUUUCCAGAUAACACACACAGUUAACAAUGGCUUCCAGGCAAAGAUGAAAUGCAGGCCAUUCCCAGGAAAAUGUAACCUAAAGAUAAAUUCAAGGAUGUGAUUGUGAAGAAGUCCCCAAAGAGACGCCCAGAGACUCAUUCAGUCACAUUACUAGCACUUUGUUUUUUAGGCAGGACCUUCCUUUGUUUUGUUUGUUUGUUGUUUUGUUGGUUUUCAAGACAGGCUUUCUCUGUGUAACACUCCUGACUGUCCUGGAGCUUGAUUUGUAGACCAGGCUGGCCUUAAACUCACAGAGAUCCACCUGCCUCUGCCUUCUGAGUGCUGGGAUUAAUGGCAUGCGCCACCACUGCCUAGCCAGGAUCUUUCUUUGUAGCACAAGCUGAUUUCAUGAUCCUCCUGCCUCAGCCUUCUAAGAACUUCAUUGCAGGAAUGUGCUACCACAUUCACCCAAAUGACAGCUCUUCUAAGGAUCUUAAGAUUUUGAUGUCCUGAUGGGCACACCUUUAAUCCCAGCACUCAGAGGCAGGGGCCUUACAAUGAGAUGAGUCUAAGAAAAAGUAAAAGUAUUAAAAAGGCAGCUUAAGAUGUGGUGCCUCUCGGCAGCUGGUUUACAAGCCCAAAGUAGUCAAAAGCUCUUUUGUAGAGGUUAUAGGUGUGGUUUUUCUCUUACGACAUGAGGCCCAAGACUUAGAAGACAAUAAAUAUUUAAGACAUUGGCAGGGACAUCACCCGGACUUGAAAGGGCAGGCACAGCCGAAGUGAAAGAGGGGUUUCGACAGUGAAACUUAGCAUUUGAGAAGCAGGCUGAGGAAACCGGGCCUAUGAACAUCUCUUGGGAAAAGAAUGAUACCUCUGGGCAUCGGAACCAUGUGAAUCAUAACUGGUCAGGUGUGGGCAUCAAAGGGUUCCCAAUGUUUGUCCCAGUGACUAGCAAACUCCAGGACCAGUGACUUCUGUGUGCCUCCUGUUGUCUUGUCCUGUUGUCUUGAACAAGGACAUUCCUAGUGGGCCACUGGAGGAGACGACAUGCCUAUAGUUCACAGCUCUUCAAGUAGAAAGAAAUGCGCUUCAUAAGCUGAAAUUGGUGAACUGUACCCAGAUGGCCCCAUCCCAACCUGAACCUGGUGUAGAUUUUCUGUGCUUUGAGCUGUCAAUGUAACGGGUGAGACUUGGAGACUCCUUGGAAUGUGUUUGGUUUUUGUUUUGUUUGCGUGUGAAUCCAUGCAGGUGACAAUGGAGCCAGCCUUGAGUCAGCCCCAGUGACGUAAGGCAGGUGAAGCUAGUCAUAAAGACAACGGGGCCUUCAUCUUCUUUUGCAUUGUUUUCUCUGGAGAAACCAACUGUUGUAAAGAUACUCAAGCAGACCUAGGGAGGUCUGAGUGCAAAGGUUAGAUCCUUGGUGCUGUGCACCCCUUCCUGGGAGAACCUGUGCCAGAGGGCCUAAGCCGCUCCCGAAUGAAUUCCUGACCCACAGGAAAAGAAAAUCAUAUUCCUUUUGUUAACUUAAGCUAUGAUGUUUGGGGCUAUUUGUUACACAGUGGCAGACAGCCCACAUGUGCCCUGCUCCCUGCACUUACCCCGCCUCAGUUCUCAGAUGUGCACACUCAUCUCUUCCCAGGUUCUGUGUGCCUUGGUGUGAGUUUUGUCUCUGCACUAAACUGGUUCCGUUAUUUUGUCUUCAUAGUGUGUAUUUAUGUCUUAUAGGGUUGGUGCUUCAAAACUGACUUAGUAAUGGUAGACUUUUAUGCUUCUGUGGUUUGUUUUUAUGUUUUGAGAUAGUCUUAUGAAGGAGGCCAAGCUGCUUUCCAGCUUGAUAACCAUUUGCCUCUGCCCCCAGUGCUUUGAUCACAGCUGUACACACUCCUGGCUUGUCAUUGUUUUUUGUUUUGAAACAAUAUUGAUGCAAAGUCCUAGAGAGCCUCAAACUCUGUGUAGACCAAGCUAGCCUGCAUUUGUGGCUAUGCUCAACAUUUGCCUCCUGGGAUUACGGGUGUACUGUUUUUCCAUUUGUGAUUUAUUUGAGAGUGAGGUCUACUAUGUUGUCUAGGCUGCUCCCACAUUCCCAAGUUUAAGCAGCCCUCCCACCUCAGCCUCUUUCUAGCUGGGCCUUAAGGCACCUGCUGCCUGCCAUGCCUGUCUUUCCAUGUUAAUUUUACACACACACACACACACACACACACACACACACACACACACAUACACACACACACACACACACCCCAAGCAAACAAAGUAACUAACAAAAAAAACCCUCUUAGCUGGGCAUGGCGGCACACACCUUUAGUCCCAGCACUCAGGAGGCAGAGGUAGGUGGAUCUCUAAGUUUGAGGCCAGCCUGGUCUACAUAGUGAAUUUGAGGCCAUGCCAGAACUAUAGAGAAACCCUGUCUCAAAACAAACAAACGAGCAAACAGAACUCUUAAGGUGAUGGCAUAUUCCUUUAAUCCCAGCACUCUGGAGGCAGAGGCAGGCGGAUCUUUGAGUUCAAGGCCAGCUGGGUCUACAUGGUGAGUUCCAGGACAGCAAGGCUACAUGGAGAAACCCUGUCUCAAAAAAACUUAAAAAAAAAAAAAACAAAAACCCAAGACUCUCAAAAAAUAAUUUCUGUAAUUUGUCUCAGAAUUGUACCUUUA